AUAUUAGUUCCGAUUGUGCACACCCUUAAAAUAUCGGCUAGACUUCGUGACUUAUCAAACAACAACAUGUAAACUAUAAAGGGCCCCCCAACUUAGUGCUAAAAUAAUGUGAGAGAGUCAACUGUUUGCACACACACUUAACCGGUCCUGCUGCAGAAAAUUUUGCUUUAAAAAGCAGCCCCAAACUGUAAUAGAGUCUCAGUUGAGAUUUGAUUGUUGCUUCGUUUAGCAGUUUUAACAACAAGUGUUAAAUUGUAAAAAAAAAUUACAAGAAAUAAAAAAAUAUAAAUUAAAUACAAUUGAAUAAAAUUCAAAGUAUUUAUUAAAACUGAGACAAACCCUAUCCAUCUAAAGUGUUUUAAGGUUUGUCAGUUUGUGUGUAAAAAAAAUCUAAAAAAUAAUUGUAUUAAAAAUCAAAUACAAUUACAAAUUAAAUAAAUUGCUUUAACAAUAAAAGCUAAAUUUUUAAGUAACAAACAACAAGUGUAAUUUAUCUCUACAACAAGUGACAUCCACAAAAAAAGACUGAUCGAUAUGGAAGCUCCAGAAUUUCGUGAUUUUGCCAAGAACAUGGUUGAUUAUAUAGCUGAUUAUUUGGAAAACAUUAGAGACCGUCGUGUUUUACCCGAUGUUAAGCCAGGUUAUUUGCGUCCCCUCAUACCCGAAACAGCACCUGAGAAACCCGAUACCUGGGAAGAUGUUAUGAAAGAUAUAGAACGUGUCAUCAUGCCAGGUGUAACACACUGGCAUAGUCCUAAGUUUCAUGCCUACUUUCCUACAGCCAAUUCAUAUCCAGCUAUAGUAGCUGAUAUGUUAAGUGGAGCCAUAGCAUGCAUAGGUUUUACUUGGAUUGCCAGUCCCGCUUGUACAGAAUUGGAGGUAGUGAUGCUGGAUUGGUUGGGUAAAAUGUUGGAAUUACCCAAGGAAUUUUUAGCCUGUUCUGGUGGUAAGGGAGGCGGUGUUAUUCAGGGUACUGCUAGUGAGGCCACAUUGGUCGCUUUAUUGGGCGCUAAGGCCAAGAAAAUACAAGAAGUUAAGAAAGAACAUCCUGAUUGGGAUGACAACACUAUUAUUUCGAAAUUGGUGGGUUAUAAUUCAGCUCAGGCACAUUCUUCCGUAGAACGCGCUGGUCUAUUGGGUGGCAUUAAAUUGAGAUCAGUACCAGCCGAUGAACAUAAUCGCUUAAGAGGUGAUGCCUUGGAGGCAGCUAUUAAGAAGGAUUUGGAGGAUGGUUUGAUACCAUUUUAUGCUGUUGUUACAUUGGGUACCACCAAUUCCUGUGCUUUUGACCGUUUGGAUGAAUGCGGUGUAGUGGGUAAUAAAUACAAUGUGUGGGUCCAUGUAGAUGCCGCCUAUGCGGGUUCCGCUUUCAUUUGCCCCGAAUACAGACAUUUAAUGAAGGGCAUCGAAAGAGCCGAUUCUUUUAAUUUCAAUCCCCAUAAAUGGAUGUUGGUUAACUUCGAUUGCAGUGCCAUGUGGCUUAAAGAUCCCAGUUGGGUAGUGAAUGCCUUCAACGUUGAUCCUUUAUACUUAAAACACGAUAUGCAAGGUUCAGCUCCCGACUAUAGACAUUGGCAAAUUCCUUUGGGCCGCCGUUUCAGAGCCCUAAAAUUAUGGUUUGUUUUGCGUCUUUAUGGUGUGGAAAAUCUUCAAGCUCACAUACGUCGUCAUUGCAAUUUCGCCAAACAAUUUGAACAACUUUGCCGAGCAGAUGAUCGUUUCGAAAUUGUGGGUGAAGUAAAUAUGGGAUUGGUGUGUUUCCGUUUGAAAGGCUCGAAUGAAUUGAAUGAGACCCUAUUGAAACGUAUUAAUGGUCGUGGUAAUAUACACAUGGUACCCGCCAAAAUACGUGAUGUUUACUUUUUGCGUAUGGCUGUUUGUUCUCGUUUUACCAAAACCGAAGAUAUGGAAUACUCCUGGAAAGAAGUAAGUGCUGCCGCCGAUGAAGUUCUUAAACAGUAAAGUGUUCUAAAGGCAAAUCGACUGGAAUGUUAGCGACAGUAUUUUUUGUUAAUGUAAAGAUUUUAAAUGUGUCACUGUUACUGUUUAUUUUAAAAACAUAAUGGGACCAAUUGCAACAUAUUUAGGGAAUUAAAUGUGCUUCAUUAAGUUAAAUAAUACAUACAUAUAUUUUUUUAGAUUUUAAGCUGUUAAAUAAUUUAAUUAAACUGCAUACUAUGCAGAUAUAGUUAAUUAAUAUCAAUGUUGUUAAUUAGUUUAAAUGGGACACCUUUUAAAUUAUAAUAUAUUUACUUAACUAUUUAAUAAACAAAUUCAAAUACUCUCUCAUAAUAUAGUUAAAGAAUUCAAAAUAAUAAAUGUAAAUUAAAAAUAAAACAAAUAACUUGUGUCUAC